AUGGAAGCAACGUGUCAGCUCGCCUCUGGAUUUAAGAUAUACUUUUAUCUUCCUGAUUAUUAUCCGUACAACUGGGCAAUACUAAUUGAUUAUCAACACUAAUGGACGCAGCUAGUGAAAACAGUAUGCAAGAGUUGAAUGACAACAGUCUUGAGCACAUUUCCAACGCAAAACGAAGACGACUCGACAAGGAUGAUUCAAGACACAUCGCUGCUCUUAUUCUUGCACGUGGAGGGAGUAAAGGCAUCCCUCUGAAGAACAUAAAGAUGCUGGCAGGAGUUCCUUUGAUCGGAUGGGUGAUCAGAGCAGCGCUGGACUCUGGGGUGUUCGACAGUGUUUGGGUGUCCACUGAUCAUGAUGAGAUCGAGAGAGUGGCCAGGGCUUGGGGGGCUCAGGUGCACAGGAGGAGUCCAGAGGUAUCCACAGACUCCUCAAGCUCACUGGACACCAUCCGGGAGUUCAGCAGACUGAACCCAGGUGUUGACGUCAUCUGUAACAUCCAGGCCACAUCUCCGUGUCUGCACCCCGAAGAUCUCAAAAAGGCUGUGGAGUGCAUCACCAAAGAAGGAUGUGAUUCCGUCUUCUCUGUUGUCCGGCGAUACCCUCUCCGAUGGCAAGAGGUCAAGAACGAAGUCUCCCAAUGUACUGAGCCGUUGAACCUGGACCCAGCUCACAGGCCACGGCGUCAGGACUGGGAAGGAGAACUGUGUGAAAAUGGCUCUUUUUACUUCGCUACCAAAGAACUUGUAGAAAAGGGGCUACUCCAGGGUGGAAAAAUGAAGUACUUUGAGAUGAAGCCUGAGCACAGUGUGGAUAUUGAUAUUGACAUAGAUUGGCCAGUAGCUGAACAGAGAGUGCUGAGGUUUGGAUACUUCGGUAAGGACAAACCUGAAGUUGUGAAGCUUCUGCUGUGUAACUUGUCAGGAGGUCUGACCGACGGUCAGAUCUAUAUCUCAGCAAAUGGAGAGGAAAUGGUGUCCAUCAACACCAGAGACCAGGCCGGCAUCGACAUGCUGAAGAAAGAGGGAGUGAAGGUUAUUUUGCUAGAAAAAGACCCCAUAGCAAAAGCCUUAGCUGACAAACUCUCAAAGAGAAUGAGCUGUCGGAUCUUGCAGGAUGUGGACGACAAACUGAAGAAGGUGCAGGAGCUUAUGGAGAAAAAAGGGCUGGAGUGGAAAGAGGUGGCAUAUUCAGGAAACGAUGAGCCGGAUGUAAAGUGCCUGGAACUAGCAGGGUUGAGCGCUGUACCUAUGGAUGCCCCUACGGUCGCGCACAACCAUGCCAAAUACAUCUGCCACAAUGCAGCGGGUCACGGGGCCGUGCGAGAGUUUGCCGAACACAUCCUACUGCUGAAAAAGAAGGCCAAGUCUCAAAUGGAGCAGGAUAGAAUUUGCAGAAACACAUUUUAGGAGAGAUAGAGGUGUUCAGUUGGCCAGAUAAUGAAAAUCAAUGAAGUUUUUGUGUGUUUGUGUUGUGGGUAUAAUUUUCACGUUUAAUUUGAGAAAAUUAUGUGAUAUGUAGUAAUGAUGAAGGAAAUCAUGUGAUUGAUUAUAUAAAUACUACCAUGUAAGAUUGUUUUUCCAUAAUCACAAAAUUAAAUUAUUGAAAUCAAGGUUGCUUAUUCAGGGUUCCCACACAUCCUGGAAAAACUGGAAAAUUAAUGACCAAUUAUCCAAUUAUCCACACAUGAGAAUGAUCACCGACACCAAUCACAGUCACCCUGACGCAGUAUAGGCCUACGUUAAGCAAAACAGAAAUCGUGAAUAUAGCUGUCCGAGGAAGGCUGCAAAAUCCUCUGCCUAAUGCAGAUUCUGUCAAUAAGGACGUGAUCAAUAAGGCAAGCCUUCUUUCACUAGGCCUAUUGUAAUGUUGCAAAAUAGAGUAAAAACUUUUACAUUUAUGUAACUAAUAGCUAUAAAUCUAUAUAGAUUGAUUAUAGUCUUUAAUUGUUUUUAAUUAUGCCGCCGUCAGAAUGAGAGCCCAAACAGCUGUU